AGUAACAGGAUAAUAUUGUUCAGUGCGAAUUUUCUGAGAUAAAUAUAAAUAUAUUUUAUUAUAUAUAUAAAAUGUAAGGCGUGAUAAAAUUCUAUCAUACUGUCAAAAUUUUCGAGUAAUGGCGGGUAUGUAACCGCAACUCGAUCUAUUGUAUUUGCGAGUUAUCUUAUAUCUGUCUUCUUCUAAUAUGUCGACUUGUAAAAUUGGUUAAGUUUAUGAAAAUUGAUAAAUCUUUGCGUGAUAUUCAACGAGAUAUAAAAGCGUGGAAUAGAUAGUUUAUGUAAAACGUUUUCGUGCUCAGAGGAACAAUGUUUUUCAAGAAAGUUUUGAUGCCGUGCGGGUUAUGUGCGAUACCUGUCAUAAAACCAGCAAAUCCAUCAGAAGGCAAAAUGUCAUCUUACAGUGACGAGUCAGGAGUCAAGAAACUAAUUCGACCCUCCGAGCUACCGAUUUAUCCCUUCGAAGACGAUUAUUCUAAACAGAUCCCAUGCACAGAUUGUCCACCCUCUACAUUGGAGCAGAACAUAUCCAAAAUUCGCAAGUCGGUUCAAGCAGUUGUGUCAGAGUAUCAACAUUAUACUGGUGUGAUUUCUGAUACUAUUGAUACCGGUGUCGAACACAGCAGAUCUCUUUUGGACUAUCUUCGUGAGGAAAGUAAUGUUAUGCCACGAGUAGGUGCCAUAGCUAUCGGUGGAUUGGCUGGAUUAGUGCUUGGACUUAGAGGAGGUCGAUUUAAACGAUUGGUAUAUUCUAGCACGGGAGCUCUGACUACAGCAGCUAUCUGUUAUCCUAAAAAAGCUGAAGAGGGACUUGAUACAGCGAAACAUUAUAUAAACGUCGGCUACAAUUUUAUUUACGGUGUCAAGCCGGGUGACAACCGACAGCUGGAACUCACAUUGCCGGAGUUGCCAAAAUUGCAAAUUCCGACAUCUUUUUCGGAAUUUGUAGAUUUAACAAUUGACACAGGUUCGGCAGUGGCUACCGCUGUUGGUAGUUUUGCGCAGAACACAUAUACAUCUUUAAGUGGUAACAAGGAGGAACGUUGUAUCUUUCGUAGGGUGGAUAUGGUAACUAUGAACUCCGAAAAAUCGGCUUGCCGCCGAAAACCAGUGGAGAAGAGCAGUAGCAGCUGUAGCGGCAAAAAGACGUCCGAGAGUGUCGAAGAAGCGGAAAAAAACGAGGACGUUCGUACGAGCGAAUCACCGGAUUUAUCCCCCAACACCCCCACGUACAACGUCACUGCCUCUUGCGCCGAAGACACCCCCAAUUACCUUGUCUACAAAAAAAUGGAAUCAAUUGUAGAAAAAAUGUUGGACGAAUUUUGUGGUGUCCCUGUAAAGACAGUCAAAACUUUUAUGACAAAGACGCCUUCUGUUUUCACAGGCACAGAUCUUAUAGCAUGGAUGAUGAAAAAUAUGGAUAUAGAUGAUCAAGAAGCUCUUCACGUGGCUCAUCUUAUGGCAUCCCAUGGAUAUUUCUUUCCUAUCGACGACCACUGCCUUACCGUAAAGAAUGAUAACACAUUCUACAGGUUUCAAACGCCCUAUUUUUGGCCAUCAAAUUGUUGGGAACCUGAAAACACUGAUUAUGCUGUCUAUUUAUGCAAGAGGACGAUGCAGAAUAAAACGCGACUGGAAUUGGCGGACUAUGAGGCGGAGAAUUUGGCUAGAUUACAAAAGAUGUUUUCACGAAAAUGGGAAUUUAUUUUCAUGCAGGCGGAAGCGCAGAGCAAAGUUGACAAGAAGAGAGACAAAUUAGAAAGAAAGGUCUUGGAUAGUCAAGAGAGAGCCUUCUGGGAUGUACAUCGGCCAAUGCCCGGAUGCGUAAAUACAACGGAACUGGACAUUAAGAAGGCUUGUCGCAGUUAUAAAUCUGUUAUACAACCAAGUAAGCAUUUGCAUCUGGGCGUUGCAGGUGGCAAAAUAUCGCCGUCUGCAGAAUCGAAUCCGACCUCAUCGAUAGAAUUUUUGCAGAAGCAGAUCGAGACCCUGAAAGAUAGAUUAGACAGACCGGUCAUCAAAAUUUCGAAAGUCGCAGAAGCUUUCAUUGGAUACUUUGAGCAGUACAUGGAAUACGAUCCCUUCUUCACUCAACCCGAGUUGACAAAUCCAUGGAUAUCCGACAGCCCAGAAAUGUGGGAGCAGGAGAAAUUAGCAAAAGAAAUAUCCACCAGAAGAGUAAAAAGAUGGGCGUUCAGUUUACAAGAACUCCUGCAGGAUCCCGUCGGUAGAGAACAAUUUAUACGUUUCUUAGAUAAAGAAUUUAGCGGCGAGAAUCUCAAAUUUUGGGAAACCGUUCAGGAAUUGAAAACUUUACCGCAGAAAGACGUCCAGAGUAAAGUCGAAGAGAUAUGGCGCGAAUUUUUGGACACGGAUGCAAGUUGUCCGAUCAAUGUCGAUUCUCGAUCUUACGAGAUAACGAAGAAGAAUCUCGAAAAGCCGGACCAAUGGUGCUUCGACGUUGCUGCGGCACAUGUAUAUCAUCUAAUGAAGAGCGAUAGUUACUCGAGAUAUUUACGUUCGGAAAUGUACAAAGACUUUCUUAACGGAUCCAAGAAAAAGACUUCCGUGAAAGGCAUUCGUUCCAUCGUUUCCUUCACAGGACGAAGAGACACUACAGUUUCAUAAUCUGCCAAUGUUUCUUACGCUUGCUACACAUAAAUCUUGCAUCUUUACUUGCCAUUUCGUUUUUUAUGCUUUUGUUAAACAUUGCAUAAAGGUGACAAGGACAUUUUGAGGUUUGAAUUAAUAUUUUCUAUUUAAUUUUCUUUCUUUUCAUUAUUCUUUGACACACUUGCAAUUAAAUAUUUUAUGUCGGUAACUACAACAGUUGAGAUUGCUUAAAACAUUAAGUAGAGUCGUAUGCUUUCCGCAAAUUUAUUACACAAUAAAGGGAUUGAUUACAAAUCAAUUCUUGCAUUUUUCCACUAUUUCACAUCAAUUGUUCAUGAUAUUUAUCUAAUUGUGAUCUUGUUAUCAAUUUCAAAUGUCAUUCACUUUAUCAUAAUUUCUAUUUAAAUAACACUAAGAACAUUAAAACAUGCAAAACAUGAUGUGCAAUCAAAUUUUUGCUAAGAGAACAUCACUUCAAGUUAUAAAAUAUUGCUGCGUUUGUGGGAAGCAUAUUUUUCGUUAUAUAUAUAUAUUUUUUUUUGUUAUAAAACUUCUCCCACAUUGCAGCAUAUAUACUUUUGAGCAAUUUAAAAAGGUACAUAUGCAUGUAAAUAAAGCUGAACUGAAGAAUUAGGAAUGUUAGAAACAUACGUAUAGUGUAACAUGAAUUAAUUGUAUAAUUAGUAUAGUAUCAAAGAGGAUAUGUAUUAUCUUCAACAAAUCAAACAAAAGAGAAUUGAGCAAAAGACACGCACAUACAUGUACAGAAAUAUAUUUUGCAUAUAUGGCUCUACGUAACAUAAUCUCAGCAUUGCCGAAAUUUUGAAGAAAAUUAUAAAAGAAAUAUCUCGUUCCAUAUUGUUCUCAUCCUUAGUUUUCUUCGAGUCGCUAUAUUCGCAUUCGAUACAUGAGACUUGUGUCAGAAAAUUCCUAGAACUAAGUGGAUUACAAUAAAACUAAAUUAGAAAACAUA